AGCAGGACUCCCGGGUACCUCAGGUCAGUUUCAAUGGCCGUGACUGUGAACCUGACUCCCGGGCCCCGCAGCCUGUGGGACGAGCCCGUGGCGAUCACGGUGCACGGUCUGGCCCCUGCCCAGCGGGUCACCCUGCGCGCCUCCCUCCGCGAUGAGAAAGGGGAGUUUUUCCGGGCCUCGGCCCGCUACGAGGCGGACGCGGUUGGGCGGCUGGACCUGGCGCGGGCGCCCGCGCUGGGGGGCAGCUACAGCGGCGUGGAGGCCAUGGGGCUCUUCCGGACUCUGCAGCCCGAAACACCCUUUGAAAGACUGGUGAAGAAGGACGUGCAGAACCCCUUCCUCGUGGACUUGGAGGUAUACGAGGGUCACAACCCCCAGCCUACCAAGCUGCUGGCACAGGUGGUCCACGAGCGGAGCUUCCUGGGGCCGGGGGUGAAGAGGAUCCGGGUGCGAGAGGGCAGCGUGCGGGCCACUCUCUUCCUGCCUCCGGGAGCAGGGCCUUUCCCGGGGAUCAUUGACCUAUAUGGAACUGGAGGUGGUCUCUGUGAAUAUAGAGCCAGCUUACUGGCUGGACAUGGUUUUGCUGUGCUUGCUUUGGCUUAUUUCAGAUUUGAAGAUCUCCCCAAAGAGUUGAAUGAUAUACAUCUGGAAUAUUUUGAAGAGGCCCUCGACUACAUGUUGCAGCAUCCAAAGGUAAAAGGCCCAGGCAUUGGGCUACUUGGAUUCUCCAAAGGGGGUGACUUGUGUCUUUCCAUGGCCUCCUUCCUGAAAGGUGUCACAGCCACAGUACUUAUAAAUGCCUGUGUGGCCAACACAAUGAUCCCACUGCACUAUAAGGAAAUGACUCUUCUUAAUAUUGGAUAUGACCUAGAGAGAAUGAAGAUCAUUGAGUCAGGCCUGGUAGAUCUUGUAGAUAUUUGGAGUAACCCAUUAGAAAAGCACAACUGCCAAAGCCUCAUCCCAAUAGAAAAGGCCCAGGGGCCCUUCUUGUUCAUUGUUGGUCAAGAUGACCAUAACUGGAAAAGCGAAUCCUAUGCAUAUAUAGCCUCUGAACGAUUACAGUCUCACGGUAAAGAAAAACCUCAGAUCAUCUGUUAUCCAAACACUGGGCACUGCAUUGACCCCCCUUAUUUUCCUCCAUGUUUAACGUCUGUGCAUAGAAUGGUGGGCCAAGGAGUGAUCUGGGGUGGUGAGUCAAAGGCUCACUCCCUGGCACAGGUGGACAGUUGGAAGCAAAUUCAAACAUUCUUCCAAAAAUACCUCAAGGGUAAAGAUUCUACCUUCCAUAACAAAAUGUAGCAUUUUGGUCUAGGACCCAUUAUUCUGCAGGGGGGAAGACGGCAAUUGGGGUUAAGUGACUUGCCCAAGGUCACACAGCUAGUGUGUCUGAGGCCAGAUUUGAACUCAGGUCCUCCUGACUCCAGGGCCGGUGCUCUACUCACUGCACCACCUAGCUGCCCCUAGAACCCAUUAUUCUGAUCUGUGCCUGAUUCAAGCUAAUCCCCUGGUUAUUUAUGUUUGAUAUUGGAACAAAAAGACCUGACUUCAAAUCCAGCCUCAGACAGUUACCAGCUAUGUGGCCCUGGGCAAAUCACUUAACCUUGUUUGCCUCAGUUUCAUCAGUAAAAUGAGCUGGAGAAGGAAAUGGCAAACUACUCCAAUAUGUUUGCCAAGAAGAGUCCAAAUGGGGUCACAAAGAGUCAGACAAGACUGAAAGGACUGAACAACAGCCAACAAAAAUUGGAACAAAAGAAGACAGUUGUGCGUCAUUAAUCAAUAGCUAACAAAGGGAGGUUUAUUUAGGAAUAGCAGGAGAAGGAUAUUCAAGAAGGAUAGGCACCAAGGACAACUUACAUCAACUCAGCUAAAUGAACCACCCUUGCCUGAGUUGCCCAUCUUUCCCACCAGCCAAGCAUCAGGGAGCAACUCAUGGCUGAUUCGUACUCUGGCAACUAGGAAAUGAUGUUAAGGGCCUGAGCCUUUAGACUCCUGAGCCAAUCAAGCCUGGAAGAUAGUUUCAAUAACAUUUAAGGAAAAACUAGGGUAACUUUAAUAGAGGUGGGGGUUAGGAUAUUGUUUUCACCAUAGCCAUAAUUUCAUGACCAUGGACUCCUUGCUAUCAAGAAGAAUCCUUUUUAUAUGACAUGAGAGUGCCAUGUGUCUUGCUGUUUAAGGGUGUCAAGGUACUACAGUAUUUAAUAACAAGCAAGGGAGCUCAACUCCAAGGGGGUUCCUCCCUGGACCCAAAAAUGUUUGAAUGAAGUAUUUUCUUUAUCAUCAUGUAACAGCAAAGAGCUCCAGUUAUACAUCACCAUAACUGUACUUCCAGAAUAAUAUAUGUAUUUUCACUUAGCAUAUUGCCGUGUUAGUAUAUUGCUGCAUGUGAUGAAGAACCUUGCAUCUCUGGGAAAACUGGAAAGUGACCUUGUAGAAGUUAGUUCUAGAGUCCAAACGUUAGACCAGCAUCUCACACCAUAUACCCAGAUAAGCUUAGAAUGGAUAUAGGACCUAAACAAAUUAAUGGAACAAGGAAGAAAAGAUCUUUUACAACUAUGGAUAGAGGAAGAGCUCAUAACUAAUGGACAGAGGAUCAUAGAAGAUAAAAUGGACAAUUUGGAUUAUACAAUAAUAUUAACUAGCACUUAUAUAACUAUAUAUUUAUAUAAUAAUGCUAGAUAUAUAUACAAUAUGCUUAACAUAUGUUAAUACUAGGGCAUAUAAUGUAUGCAAUAUUUUUAUGAACAUAAAUAAUAUUGAUUACAAUACAGUUAUAAUAUAUUCUAUGUUAAUAUAUUAAUUACAUGUAAUAAUACCAACAACUGUUACCAGUACCGGUUUGGUUAGAUGAGUCAGAUGGUUUCUUUCAGGACGUAAAUCUAUGACUCUGUGUGUUGUGUGUAUUCCCGUAGAAUGUAAGGUCCUUGAAGGUAGGGACAGUUUCAGUUUUGUCUUUGCAUUCCUUAUCACUUUAUACAUAGAAAGUGCUUAAUAAAUGUUUAUUAAUAUGCAUU